GGUAACUCUACCAAAAAGAAAAGGAUAAUUGAUUUUUAAACCCUAAUUGCUUUGUACCGAAACCCUAUUCUAUACCGAUCGAUUGUAUUGCAGAGAAGAGAAGAAACACACAAAGCCGAAGGGGGAAGAAGAAGAAAGGAGGAGGAAGAAGAAGAUGGCUCGUAAUGAAGAGAAGGCGCAGUCUAUGCUGAACAGGUUCAUCGCCCUCAAGGCAGAGGAGAAGAAGAAGCCCAAGGAGCGCCGUCCCUUUCUGGCCUCUGAAUGCCGCGACCUCUCAGAAGCCGACAAGUGGCGCCAGCAGAUCAUGCGCGAGAUCGGCCGCAAGGUCGCCGAGAUCCAGAACGAAGGUCUCGGCGAGCAUCGCCUCCGCGACCUCAACGACGAGAUCAACAAACUCAUACGCGAAAAGUCUCACUGGGAGCGCCGCAUCGUCGAGCUCGGAGGCCCUAACUAUGCCCGCCACUCUGCCAAGAUGACUGACCUUGAAGGCAACAUCGUCGACGUCCCUAAUCCCGGCGGCCGCGGCCCUGGCUACCGCUACUUCGGCGCCGCCAAGAAGCUCCCCGGCGUUCGCGAGCUCUUCGAGAAGCCUCCUGAGCUUCGCAAGCGGCGCACUCGGUACGACAUCUACAAGAGAAUCGAUGCCAGCUACUACGGUUACAGGGAUGACGAGGACGGCGUGCUGGAGCGUCUCGAGGGACCUGCGGAGGAGAAGAUGCGGCGCGAGGCGGCGGAGGAGUGGAUGCGGCUGGAGGAGGUGAGGAAGGAGGCUCAAAAGAGUGUGAAGAGUGGGGAGGUGGCGAUGGUAAGCGCGGCUGCGAGGGAGAUCCUGCACGAGGAGGAGGAGGAGGUGGUGGAGGAAGAGAGGAGGGAGAGGGAGAUGAGGGAGAGGGCAGAGGAGAAGGAGAGGGAAUUCGUGGUGCACGUGCCGCUGCCGGAUGAGAAGGAGAUCGAGAAGAUGGUUCUGGAGAAGAAGAAGAUGGAGCUUCUCAGUAAGUAUGCCAGUGAGGGUCUCUUGGAGGAACAAACUGAGGCUAAGGACAUGCUUAACAUUCAUCGUUAGGGUUAGAAAUUUACAUGUUAUAGCAUCACCAUCUAAUUACUUAUUGAUUUAGCUGUUCUAUGACAAUUUUCCAAUUCUAUGAAUGAGAAGGAAAUUACAGAAGAGGAUUUUAUAGGAGAAGUUUUAACUCUCAUGGAUGAAUUGCUAAUGAUUUUGUUGUUAUCUAUCUGGUGGUAUGACUAAAAAUGCUGUACAUUAGUUAGAAUACUGGCUUAUUACAUCAUGUAAAUGGCAUAUGCUGGUUAUUUGCUUUUGCUUCCUUCUCUGUUUCACAAAGUGAAGAUAAAUUUAUGCCAUGCUGCUGCAAGUUCCUAGGCUGAAAACUUUCAUUGUUUGGUCCUGUAAAGUGUUCAUUUAGUUGUAUUGCUAUUGAAAUCAUGGAAUGUUUUGGGUUGUGUAGUUUUUAGAGGCACGGUGCUUGUUUCACAUAGAAAGAGAUCAUAUGGAAGGCUUGGGAUCAUUCCAUUUUUUAUUUGUUUUUUUAACCUUCUGCUAUGAUAGAAAAUUGGUGACGCUAUCUCCACCUUAGUCAAUUCAAUCUAGAUUGGCUAUACAUCCCCAAAGUCCAUAGUGUAGUGCUUUAACUCGGAACUUAAGCUGUGUCAUUAUCUCCCUUAUCACACACAAUUAUACUAAUAGAGCAUUUUGCAUUAAAGGGAGCAACAUGCAUCUGUAACCAUUUUUUAAUCAGAACUUUUGGUGACUAAUUAAGACAUUUGCAACAUUUUAAUCAGAAAAGCUGAGCCCAGGGACAAUCCUUGAGCAGGUGUGUGUCUAUUUCUUCAUUCUUACAACACAUUCGGCAUAAUGUGAUACAAUUGAGUAUAAAUAAGGAUUGUUUUUU